AUGGUCCUGAAGCAUGAUACCGGGCUGGUAGCUCCCGCGUCCGGCCUGUUUCUGAGACCACAAAGUCCAUCUCAACGGUGGCCCUGCAGCCGAAGCUGCUUCACAUUUCCUUCCUUUUGUCCCAUCUUAUUUCCUCCAAGUGAGGCGACAAUGCUAGCACAUCGACCAGUGAGGAGAGCUGCAUGCAAUGCCAGGGUGGGCUGGCAACGUGGCGUCGUAUCAGUAGCUCUUGGUCUCCUUCCGGAUUCAUCCCCGGUCCACACACGGCAAAGUAGUCAGUCAACGUAG